GUUGUCCGCAAAUAAAUGCGCCCAAAAGCGCGGCAAACUUGGCAAUAUGACGCGAAAAUAAUGAAAAGUUUUUCCACACUAAUAAAUAAAUUGUGUUUAAUAUGAAUGAAUAAGAGUUUGUUACAGUGAGUGAAAAUAUAAAUAAAAUAAUAGUUUUCUUAAAAUGACGACAAAAUUAACAUGGGCUCUGUGGCAUUGGUGCUGGUGUAUAAUUAUAGCUGCCCUGAAUACAUCCCAUGGAGAAAAAUUUAUGCUUGGGUACUUAACGGGAUCGCAACGCCGGCCAGGCGACUUAAAUUAUCAAAAACCUGGAAGAGUUUUAUCCGGGGCAAUCUCAAUGGCAGUCGAUGAAGUAAAUGAAAAGCUACUCGGGCCUAUGGGACAUUCAUUAGACUUCGUAGUUGCUGAGACCUAUGGCCAAGAAGAAGUUUCAAUACGACAGGUUGCGGCUUUGUGGGCUGCAAAUGUAUCCGCGUUCAUCGGUCCGCAAGAAACAUGCGUGCACGAGGGCCGGAUGGCGGCCGCCUUCAACUUACCCAUGGUCAGCUAUUUCUGCAGAGACGUAGCGAGUUCCAACAAGCGCGUGUACGCAACAUUCGCCCGCACCCGACCUUCGGACAUCGACAUUUCGCGCUCAGUCGUCGCCGUGCUCACGCAUUUUAAUUUCAUGCAUAUCGCCGUCGUCUAUUUAAAAGCACCGAACCAUGACUUCUCUCGACUGGCUGGUGCGAUAAUAACAGCAGCUAAUGAAAAAAAAAUAUCAAUUCGCACAAAACAAGUGUACCGUCAACCUUAUUAUUAUGGAGAUAUACCUGAAAAUAUAACCAAAAAUCCUUUUCUUGAUAUUGUUAGAGAAACUUACAAAGAUACAAGAAUAUAUGUGUCUGUUGGCUAUUAUCAUGACCACAUCGGGCUCAUGCAGGCUAUGGACGCAAUGAAGCUCUUGGAUUCGGGGGAGUACGCAGCAAUUGGAGUCGAUGUCGAUAAAUAUGAACCCGAAGAAGCAAUUAGAUACCUGUCGGGUCCGUUACGCAAAGAGCCAGGUCCGCGGGUGCCCAAAGCUUUCCGAUCGUACCUCGCAGUGGCCCCCUCCCCCGCGCCGUCAUACCCCGCCUUUGCCAGAGAAGUGAACAGGCGACUGCAGAUGCCACCCUUCAACUUUACUAAUCCCUUGCUCGCUUUGGGAGGCGGGAAAGUGAUCCCAGUAGAAGCGGCGUGGCUUCACGAUGCGGUGUGGCUGUACGCCCGAGCGCUAGCUGAUGUUCUGCGGACAGGAGAAGGAGCACGAGAUGGUCGGGCGAUCGCCCUCCGAAUGAGAAAUACUACUUACCGUAGCGUCAUGGGGUACUGGAUUCAUAUGGACGAUAAUGGCGACGCCGAAGGGAAUUACACACUGCUAUCCAUCGACCCAACGCGCUCUCCCGGACUCUAUCCACUCGCCGUUUUGCACAAAACCGCUCCGGAAUUACGACUCCUUCGAGAGAUCAAAUGGCCUGGCGGCCGGGUUCCACUCUCGGAGCCGCCUUGCGGAUUUCGUGGAGAAAAAUGUGUCAGCCAUGUGGGUGCUUGGGCUCUUGGUGCCUCGGGCGGUACACUGGCCCUUUUAGCGCUAGCUGCACUCGCUCUAUACCGUGGUUGGCGCUACGAGCAGGAACUGGACUCACUGUUGUGGAAGAUCGACUUCAGAGAUCUGCACCUGCCUGACGAAGACCAGCGAACCAACAAACUGAAUAGCAGUGCGGGUGUAAACACGAACUCUAACAACGCGAUCUGCAACGAGAAGGGCAGCACGGGCGGCGCGCGCUCCAGCCAGGUGUCGCUCAGCUCCAACCCCGACCUGGACUUCCGGUACUCGGCUAUCUUCACCGAAGUCGCCUUCUACCGCGGACGACUGCUCGCUGUCAAACGAGUACGAAGGAAUCACAUCGACAUUAACCGCGAAAUUAAAAAGGAACUUAAAAUUAUGCGGGACUUACAACACGACAAUGUGAAUGGUUUCGUAGGAGCCUGUAUCGAGCCACCUAAUGUAUGUGCUCUCUCCGAAUAUUGUACCAGAGGUAGUCUCAAGGACAUUUUAGAAAAUGAAGAUAUCAAAUUGGAUAACAUGUUCAUCGCUUCUCUUGUAGGCGACAUUAUACGGGGUAUGAUCUUCAUCCACGAGUCGCCGCUACAAUACCAUGGGGCGCUGCGGCCCUCCAACUGCUUGGUGGAUGCUCGGUGGGUGGUGAAGCUCGCAGACUUCGGGCUAAGGGAGUUCCGCAGGGGGGAGGUGCCCCCUUCUGAUCCUGUCGCGCUCCGGUCUCACAUUGACAGUCUCGCGUACCUGUCGCCAGAGCUGCUCCGCGGGGCGGGCUGGGGCAAAGACUGCUUCCCCACGUCACUGGAGGUCCGCAGCGGCUCGGCGGCGGCCGACGUGUACGCGUUCGCGCUGCUGCUGUACGAGCUGCACACGCGGCGCGGGCCCUUCGGGGCGGACGCGCCGCCGCCGCCCGCGCUGCUGCGCCGCCUCGCGCACCCCGCGCCCGCGCCCUACAGGCCGCCGCUGGACGCCCUGGCGGGCAGGUUCGACUGCGUGCGCGAGUGCUGCGCCGAGUGCUGGGCGGAGGACGCGAGCGUGCGACCGGACUUCAAGGCCGUGCGCGCGAGACUCCGGCCUCUCCGGAAGGGCAUGAAACCAAAUAUAUUUGAUAACAUGAUAGCCAUGAUGGAAAAGUAUGCAAACAAUUUAGAAGCUUUAGUCGAUGAACGCACGGAUCAGUUGCAGGAGGAAAAGAAGAAAACUGAAGCAUUACUAGAGGAAAUGCUACCGGCCCCCGUAGCCGAGCAGCUGAAACGUGGACGGCGCGUGAUGCCCGAGAGCUACGACUCCGUCACGAUCUACUUCAGCGACAUCGUCGGCUUCACCGCCAUGUCUGCGGAGAGCACGCCGCUGCAGGUGGUUGAUUUUCUGAAUGAUCUCUACACGUGCUUCGAUUCGAUUUUAGAAAAUUUUGAUGUAUACAAAGUGGAGACGAUUGGCGACGCUUAUAUGGUGGUGUCGGGGCUGCCCAUCCGCAACGGCAUCCUGCACGCGGGCGAGGUGGCGUCCAUGGCGCUGGCGCUGCUCGCCGCCACGCGCGCCUUCCGCGUGCGCCACCGCCCCGAGCAGCGCCUGCUGCUGCGCGUCGGCCUGCACUCCGGUCCAGUAUGCGCUGGCGUCGUGGGACUUAAAAUGCCUAGAUAUUGUUUAUUCGGUGACACCGUCAACACCGCCAGUCGAUUCGAAUCUACGGGAGUUCCUUUAAAGAUUCACUGCAGCGGAGCCUGCAAGAUGUUGUUAGAUCAACUGGGCGGGUACGUCCUCGAGGAGCGCGGAAUCGUGUCCAUGAAGGGCAAGCGGGAUCAGGUGACGUGGUGGCUGCGCGGGGAGGAGCCCUCCGCCGCCGCCGCGCGCGCUCGGCGCCGGGCGCACGCGCGCGACCCGCCGCCCGACCACCGCGACCACCGCGACCACCGCGGGCAGCGCAGUUCUCUUAAGACACGGAAUUGGAAAAACCAAGUCGGCAGUUUGCACAGGUGCUGCAGCUUAGAAUCUCCAAAGAAACUUCGUUUUGCUUCUGGAAACCAUUUAGAAUCGCAUACAGAUAGCGUAUUACACCAUCGAAGUGAUGAAUACUUAAUGGAAGUGACGGGCGAGGGCCGCGUGUCGGCGGCGCGGCCCGAGCUGCUGGCGGCGCCCAGCCUGCGCCACGAGCACACCAGCGUGUCGUGCCCCAUCAUCGAGCAGGCCGAGACGCGCUGCGACGUGCGCCUCGUCGUCAACGGCCGCGACCCCGCCGGCGUGCCGCUGCUGGCCGACGCGUAGCCUCUAGUCAAUGCCCGUCCGGAUGGCGAGCUCGUCGUCGGCCCCCGGGACC